UCAAGGCGGCUCCGGGGCUCCCAUUUCUUCUUUGUUUCUCCGUCCUUCAGAGCGGAGGAGGAAGCGAGAGCAGCGGCAGUCAGUCGCAGUCAUGGUCCGCUUCCUUUCCUUUCCUUUCCCUCCUCUGAGGCGUCUCUAAGCUGAGCAGCGCCGCUGCUCUCGGUUCGAUCCAGCAGGAGGCGCUGUGGGCGCCGUCUCUGUCGCCCCCCUCGAUACUAGCUGCUGGCUCACUGACCGGCCGUCCGCACGCAGAAAUGCCGGAGUACCUGGAAGACCCGUCUGUGCUCACCAAAGAGAAGCUAAAGAGCGAACUGCUGGCCCACAGCGUGGAGCUGCCGAGCGGCAACCCGACCAAGGACGUGUACGUGCAGCUUUAUCUGCAGCAUCUGACGGCGCAGAACGAGCGGCGCGUCCCGGCCGCGGCUCUGGAUUCCUUCUCCAGCGACGAGGAGCUGCCUCCACCCGAGCUCUCCGGCAGAAGCCGCUCCUCCGGCAGAAAAGCCACCAGGAAAACCGACAAGGUUCAACCGGCGGAGCUCGAUGUGACGCUGCUGACUGAUGAGAGCCUGAGGGGCGAAUUGCUCAAGCAUGGAGUGGAAGUGGGGCCGAUUGUGGCAUCCACCCGGAAGCUGUAUGAGAAGAAGCUACAGAAGCUGCUGGAUGAAGGUCCUCCACAGCUGCCACUACAGCUUAUUCUCACGGACAUACAAGUGAGCCACAAUGGCAACCCAGAGUCUGACCUCUACAGCGACAAGGAGGACGAAGUGACUAUAGCAGCUGAUCCAGAGCCUGCGGAGGAACCAGAGCCAGCUCCUGUGGUGGAGAGACCAGUGAGGAGCAGAGGGAAGACCCCCGUUACCACCCGCACCCACAGCAGCCAGCACAACACGGUGGAGAAAAUCGCAGCCAGUGACCAAAUCCUGAAAGCAGAGAAGGAUGUUCUGAAAGACCUCUUUCCUAAUCCGAGCAGUCCAACGGGAAUCAUUGCCACCUGUCGACGCCCCAUCCGAGGAGCAGCCGGGCGCCCUUUGACAUCCAGUGACCCGUGGAGUGAUGAAAACAGCCUCUACUCUCCAAAAACCACCAAGACCAGCAGCUCCUCCUACGUGCAGAGUUACACUGCAAACAGAGUCUCCAGCCUGCCCCCACCAACCAUGUCCUCCGGGCUCCUGGCUGCAGCUCGCCCUGCAGGUCAGAUCAAAGCAGCGCACCACAGCAUGUCUCUGUGGAUAAAGCUCUUCCUGCUGGCCAUUGUGGCCACUUUCCUCUUCCUCAUUUACCAGGCCAUGGAGACUAACCCCAUGAGCCCGUUUCAGACCUCAGGCACCGAGGUGGCGACUGACAGCACAGCGUAGAGAGCACAGCUGGAGACUGAGAAGUGAAAAAGAGCCAGUCUGCUUCUUCUUUCAGGUUUAUGUGUGAAUCUGCAUUUGCUCCUCACAUCAAAAACUUACUUUUCUUUUCUCGCCUUCAGUUCUGAAUCAGUCUUGUGUGAAGAAGCACAUUUCAGAGACACUCAUGGACCUCUGUGACACGCUGUGAAAGCAGACAGCAGCCCUGUCUUUGUGUGUGGUUUAUCCUUAACCUUUGACCUCAGGUAAUGAUGAAGCCAACCACACAGCUUUCAAAGAAUCAUGAGGACUCACUUUCUAUUGCCUUCUCUUUUAGUCCUACCUACAUGGUGUGAAUGUGUGUGUGACUUUUUUUUACACUGUGCCUCAGCAUCUCUGUGGGUCAUUAACAGCUUUGGUGUCUGAACCUGUAAUUUUGUUUUCUACCUUGGACCAUCUCUGUUAUUGAGACAGGGAGGCUUGCUGUUACAAUUCAGAUGCUUCUUAAACUUUUUUAAACCUGACCCAAUAUUUUCCUAUUCUUCUCUUAUAAUAAAAUGUAAUAUUCCAAAACAUGUUCUUCUCAACAAUGUAUUCACUGUCACAAAUAUUGAAUAUCCAGUCAAUAAACACUGAUGCUAUCACUGCACCUGAAAGAACACUUUGUGAGCUGGUAGUUGGUGCGUUGCACUCCUUGUUGCAGCUUCUUUUAGAGGAUUUGUAACAUGAAUGUCUAUCAGUUGAAAUGAAUGAUAUCUGCAGUGAUGUUUAGCAAUAAUCAGAAAAUUUGAGAAACAUGUGAACCACAUAAAGCUCCAGAGAUGUAAUCUUUCCG